AUGGAGACAACUCUACCACUGCCAUUCUUGGUGAGUAUUGGCAGCCCAGAUGGCCAGGCUACCAAUGAUGGCCUCACUCGUCAAGAGAUUGCCCUUCUGGGAGCUCCUUUCUAUGAGACAGCUUCUAAGGAUUGGGGUCGCCCCAGUGCCGGAACCAAUGUUCACAUGGAUGCCACGAGUUUAAGUGACCCAGACGAUGUGGUUGCGUUGCUCGAUGGCGGGGUUCGAACAGUUUUUGUUGCUUCAGAGUCCUACUCAGAGUAUACAGAAUAUGGCGCAAGAGUCAUUCCCACUACUUCUUCCCUUGAAAUUUCCACAGCUUCCGAAAAUGGUCUGUUGGUAAAGGAUUUCGACAUUGCAUCUAGCGGCGUCGACAAAUUUGUUGAGGAAGCAUGUGCCAAGAAGAUCAAGAGCCUUUACAUUAAGCCAACUCCCAAUACCGAUAUCGAAAAGUUCAUCGAAAUUGCCAAGAAGGCCAAUGCCAUCCCUAUCAUUCCGUCUACAGGGUUGACGACCGACAAGAACGAUUCGAGUCGAAUAUUGUUAUCUAAGAUUAUCGCAUCAUUCUGGAAAUCUGAUCGACCUGACGGCCUGAUUCCUACUGUGGUUACCGAUGAUGCCGGGAUCGCAUUGGGUCUCGCCUAUACCAGUGAGGAGAGUAUUCUGGAGGCUCUUAAAACACAAACCGGAGUUUACCAGAGUCGCAAACGUGGUCUCUGGGUGAAGGGACUUACUUCUGGAGACACUCAGGAACUGUUGCGAAUUGGUCUCGACUGUGACAACGACACUCUCAAAUUCGUGGUCAAUCAGAAGGGCCGUUUCUGCCACCUCCAGCAGUUUGGUUGCUUUGGAGACCUCAACGGCAUUUCAGCACUCGAACAGACACUCAAGUCUCGCAAGGAGUCUGCGCCCGAGGGUUCUUACACGGCCCGCUUAUUCUCCGAUGAGAAGCUUCUGCGAGCAAAGAUCAUGGAGGAGGCAGAGGAGCUCUGCGAUGGCAAGACCAAAGAGAACAUCGCUUUCGAAGCUGCUGAUUUGAUCUACUUUGCUUUAACUAAGGCUAUUGGCGCAGGUGUUAGCCUCGCAGACAUUGAGGCCAACCUGGACGCCAAGAGCUUGAAGGUCAAGCGAAGAACAGGCAAUGCCAAGGGAAAGUGGGCGGAGAAGGAGGGUAUCAAGACCGAUGCAGCCCCUGUGAAGCCCUCACAGCCAGAAGUUGAGAAGUCAGCUGAUGGUUGUAUUGCUAUGGAGCGAGUUGAUGCCUCAAAGAUCUCCGAGGCCGAUCUCGUAGAGAAGCUCAAGAGACCUUCUCAGAAAUCCCCAGACGCCAUCUUGAAGAUCAUACAGCCUAUCAUUGAGGACGUGCGAACUGGCGGCGACAAGGCUGUUCUGUCUUACACCCACAAGUUUGAGAAGGCCACUUCAUUGACAUCACCUGUGCUGAAGGCUCCCUUCCCCAAGGAGCUUAUGGAUAUCUCGCCUGAGACUAUUGAAGCUAUUGACGUCUCUUUUGAGAAUAUCCGAAAGUUCCACUCUGCACAGCAGGAGGAGAAGUCCCUCCAGGUUGAGACUAUGCCUGGCAUUGUCUGUAGCCGCUUCUCGAGACCCAUUGAGAGAGUCGGUCUUUACAUCCCUGGUGGAACCGCUGUUCUUCCCAGCACUGCUCUGAUGCUUGGAGUUCCAGCUAUGGUGGCUGGUUGCCAGAAAAUUGUAUUUGCCUCACCUCCCAGAUCUGAUGGUCGCAUUACCCCUGAAAUUGUCUACGUUGCUCACAAGGUCGGUGCUGAGAGCAUUGUACUGGCUGGUGGUGCUCAGGCUGUUGCCGCUUUGGCUUAUGGUACAGAGAGUGUCACCAAGGUUGACAAGAUUCUUGGACCUGGUAACCAAUUUGUGACUGCGGCCAAGAUGCACGUCAGCAACGAUACCAAUGCUGGCUGCGGUAUUGACAUGCCAGCUGGACCCUCUGAGGUUCUUGUUGUUGCUGACAAGGAUGCCAACCCUGCUUUUGUUGCCUCCGAUCUUCUUUCUCAAGCCGAGCACGGUGUCGAUAGUCAGGUCAUUCUGCUUGCUGUUGGCCUCAGUGAGCAGGAGCUCCAGGCUAUUGAGGACGAAGUCCACAAACAAGCCCUUGCUCUUCCUCGUGUCGAUAUCGUCCGAGGAUCUAUCGCUCACUCCGUCACUGUCCAGGUCAAGGACAUCGAAGAGGCAAUGCGCAUCAGCAACGAGUAUGCCCCUGAACACCUCAUCCUUCAAAUCAAGGAUGCCGAGAAAGCUGUUGAUCAAGUCAUGAACGCUGGCAGUGUGUUUAUUGGUCACUGGACCCCUGAGAGUGUUGGCGACUACUCUGCUGGUGUCAACCACUCUUUGCCUACUUAUGGUUUCGCCAAGCAGUACUCUGGUGUCAACUUGGGCUCGUUCCAGAAGCAUAUUACCAGCUCCAACCUUACUGCUGAAGGUCUCAAGAAUGUUGGCACCGCCGUCAUGCAACUGGCCAAGGUCGAGGAGCUUGAGGCUCAUAGAAGGGCUGUGGAGAUCCGACUUGACUACUUGAAGCAACAGCAGUAG